AUUUAAUAAAAAUCAACCAUAUAUUUUUGGGAAUAUUUGGUUAUAAAAACGUGGGAUAAUGAUCUAAUUGACUCAAGUUCUUUUCUUAAACAAAUUAAAACAUAAAAUAUCGAGCGAGAGAAAUUGGUGAAUUGAAAUGUUCAGUUAGAUGAAAAUUACAAGAGUACCCUUAUAUUGUUGAAACCAACGAUUCAUUGCAAGACGUACGUAGGAAUUGAGGAAGUUGUAAAAGCGAAAGAAGAGGAGAUGACAAAGUGACCAAUCUUUUUUCUCUCUCUCUCGGCGACGACGGUGACGUCAAAACGCCGCCGGAGACAAAAAAAAAAACUAAAAGAAACGCCGUUAAUGUUAAUGACGAGUUGACUCAUGGGUUGUUGUCAAUCGUCAUUCUUGAAACCGUCGUCAUUGCAUGACAAGAAAAUCCCCUCCGACGAUAUUUCCGGCCGCCGUGGAAAAGGAGCCAAACGCGGUAAUCGCCACCGUCAUCCUAACGUUAAUGAAGGCAGGGGAUGGCUUUUUUCCGCCGUGCCGGACUUCUCCGAGUUCUCGGCAUCGGUUCUUCGUGACGCUACGAACAAUUUCAACAAAAACGCUGUCGUAUCGGUUUGUUCUGAUCAAGAACCAAACGUUGUUUAUCAAGGCUGCAUUAAGAGUGACAAAGAUAAACGUCUUAUCGCCGUUAAAAAAUUCUCCAAAACAACAUGGCCUGAUCCUAAACAAUUCGCUGCAGAAGCGCGGGCUAUCGGGAAUUUGAGGCACGUAAGACUGGUGAAUUUGAUAGGUUAUUGUUGUGAUGGAGAUGAAAGGUUGCUUGUAUCGGAGUACAUGCCUAAUCAAAGCCUAACCAAACAUCUAUUUCAUUGGGAGAAACAAACCAUGGAGUGGGCUAUGCGAUUGAGAGUUGCACUUUAUGUAGCUGAAGCUUUAGAAUAUUGUAGACAGAGUGGACUCAAAUUGUACCAUGAUCUCAAUACUUGUAGGGUUCUCUUUGAUGAGAAUGGAAGUCCUCGGCUUUCAUGUUUUGGAUGGAUGAAAAAUAGCAAAGAUGGCAAAAACUUCAGCACAAAUCUUGCUUAUACACCGCCCGAAUAUCUUAGAAGUGGUACGUUAAUUCCAGAGAGUGUUGUCUUCAGCUUUGGGACGUUUCUUUUGGAUCUUCUUAGUGGGAAACACAUUCCUCCAAGUCAUGCGGUCGAUACAAUUCAAAAGCAAAACUUAAUUGUCUUGAUGGAUUCACAUUUAGAAGGAAACUAUCCUGAGGAAGACGCAGCCAUGGUGUUUGAUUUGGCUUCCAAAUGCCUUCACAAUAACCCUAAUGAACGGCCAGAAAUUAGAGAUAUUAUCUCAGUUAUCGCUACACUUCAACAAAAACUAGAUGUUCCGUCCUAUACUAUGCUUGGCAUUUCAAAACUUGAAAAGCUUGAAAUGGAACGCCCGAAAUCUUUAAUUUACGAUGCAUGUCACCAAAAGGACCUUGAAGCUCUUCAUCAGAUUCUUGAAGCAAUGGAGUACAAAGAAGAUGAAGUUACUUGCGAGCUCUCUUUCCAGCAAUGGGCUCAACAGAUAAAAGAUGUGUGCAACACUAGACAACAAGGCGAUUCGGCUUUUCGGAACAAAAAUUUCGAAUCUGCUAUCGAAAAAUAUACUCAGUUCAUAGAAACAGGAAUCAUGAUCUCUCCUACUGUUUAUGCACGAAGAAGCAUGUGCUAUCUCUUCUGCGACCAACCAGAUGCAGCACUUCGAGACGCGAUGCAAGCACAAUGUGUUUACUCCGACUGGCCAACUGCAUUUUACCUUCAGGCAGUGGCUCUUUCAAAGCUGAAUAUGGUCGAAGAUUCAGCUAACAUGCUAAAAGAAGCCUUGAUCUUGGAAGAUAAGAGAGGCUCAUAAAGUAGACUCAUUUACUACAAAGCAUAUUUGGAUUAACUAAAAACAAUGAUCUGUGUUUAGUGAAUCGGGGAUGUAUAUGAACACAAAUAUUCAUUAGAAAAUGUCUUGACCGAUGAUUUGAAUUGGGGAUAAAAAAAAAAAUGCCAUUAGGGUGUUAUUUUACUGAUCAGUAAUAAAAUUAAAAUUUGACAAUAAAUUCAAAAAUUCGACGAAUUACAUUUCUAUUGAUUUAAAUACAAUGUUAUUAUUUUCAAUAUGUUUCUCUGCCUACGUUACAUAUUAGUGAAUUUAGUUGUUUCUGAUUGAGCUUCAUAAAAUCAUGUUAUGUACAUGU